CAAUUACCAGUAUCAUUUGACCAAAUAAGAGAAACACCUCUCUGUAAUUGACUGUCUUUGAGUUCUGACGGUUUGGAGUUGUUUAUUUUUUAAUACAAAAUGGGAGCCUGUAUGGCGCUGUGCUCUCUUGCGAGCUGUGCCUCAUGUUUGUGUGGCUCUGCUCCAUGUCUGCUCUGUGGCUGCUGUCCUUCUUCCAACAACUCCACUGUCACCCGGCUGGUCUUCUCUUUCUUCCUCCUGCUGGGGACACUGGUGUCUGUAAUCAUGAUCUUGCCAGGCAUGGAGACGCAGCUUCGCAAGAUUCCUGGCUUUUGUCAAGGGGGGACCACAAUACCAGGGAUCGACAACCAUGUUAACUGUGACGUGAUUGUUGGCUACAAAUCAGUCUACCGCAUGUGCUUUGCUAUGGCGUGCUUCUUUUUCCUUUUUUCUGCAAUAAUGAUUCGUGUAAAAAGCAGCAAAGACCCUCGUGCUGCUAUUCAGAACGGGUUCUGGUUCUUCAAGUUUCUGAUCCUAGUUGGCAUCACUGUUGGAGCCUUUUUCAUCCCAGAUGGCACAUUUCAUGAUGUUUGGUUCUACUUUGGUAUUGUUGGCUCCUUCAUGUUCAUCCUGAUCCAGCUCAUCCUCCUAAUUGACUUUGCCCACUCCUGGAAUGAGGUGUGGGUUAGGAAUGCUGAGGAGGGCAACAACAAAUGUUGGUUCUCAGGUCUGUUGUUCUUCACUAUCCUGCAUUACGCCCUUGCCUUUGCUGCGAUCGUGCUAUUUUAUCUAUACUACACCAAACCUGACGACUGCACCGAACACAAGUUCUUUAUCAGCUUCAACCUUAUUCUCUGCGUCAUCAUAUCUGUGGUCUCCAUUCUGCCAAAAGUACAGGAUGCCUCACCACAGUCUGGUCUGCUUCAGUCCUCUAUUAUUACCCUGUACACUAUGUAUGUCACCUGGUCCGCCAUGACCAACAAUCCUAAUCGUGAAUGUAACCCUAGUUUGCUCAGCCUGGUGUCCAAUAUCAGCGCAUCUGAGGCAAUGCCCACAAGCUCCCCUGGGAUGGUGCAGUGGUGGGAUGCUCAAGGCAUUGUGGGAUUGGUUAUCUUCCUCUUCUGCACCUUUUAUGCCAGCAUUCGUUCAUCCAGUAACGCUCAGGUGAACAGGCUGAUGCAGACAGAAGAGGGAAAGGGCUCUGUGGGAGGAGAGGAGAUGGGUGAAGACGGUCUGCGGCGUGUUGUGGAUAAUGAAGAGGAAGGCGUCACAUACAACUACUCGUUUUUCCACUUCCACCUCUUUCUGGCCUCUCUCUAUAUCAUGAUGACUCUCACUAACUGGUACAAACCUGAAAUAACCACUCAGGCCAUGCAGAGCACUAUGCCUGCUGUGUGGGUGAAGAUCUGCUCCAGCUGGCUGAGUCUGGGGCUCUACCUGUGGACGCUUGUGGCUCCUCUCAUAUUCUCCAAUCGAGACUUCAGCUAAGCUUAAGUGGGUGAGACUCCCUCACCCAUUCAAACUGUCUUUGUUUGUGUUGUGUUCGAAAUAUUGCAAUCCCAAAAACUGUUAAAUAGCAUGAUUGAAAGCAAUUCAAAUCUUAAACGGAACAUUCGUGACUAGUAACAUAAGGCUAAUAGGUACUUACAAGUUUAUGAAAUUGCAUGGACAAAAACAGAAGUAUAUGAUUCUGUGACAUAUUAAAAGUACCAAAAUGACACUUCAGUAACUUGACACGUGAGAAUUACUGUUGUGCAGAAAGUUGCCAUAUAUCAUUAGAUUUGACUAUGGGUGCGUCUCAGUACUUUCAUUGAGGUUUGACACCUGAUGCACACCAUUUUUUUUUUUUUUUUAUCGUUUACGUUUUUGUCCCCACACGUGAUGGAUACAUGAAGUAAAUGGGUUAUAUAAAUUCUGUUGCUGCUUCUGUGUUGUCGAUACCCUCAGUAAUUAACUUCUCAUGGUACAUAAGGGUUAUUUUGCAGUCAUUUCAAACACAAUAUUGCUGUAAGUGUGUUUUAUAAAGUAAAAAUUGCUAGUUGAUUUUAUAUUGCAUUUAGGAAACAGCACUAAACAUCAGUUUAAAAGGUGCAUGCUACUCAAAUCUGACACCACACAUUUCUAUCGCAACAAAUAAACUCGAUAACUAUCUUAGAGACGAAGUGGUCAGCCACGAAUACUAAUAUGCAUUAUACUGCUGCUAGAAACCUACUCUACCUGAAGAGGAAACCUUUUUUACAGUGAUAGCAUUUCAACAUCAGGGUCUUAUUCAAUUCAUUGUAUAAUAGACUCUGUGUAACAUACAAUUUCACUCUGAUUUAGCACGUUUUUUUUUCUCAAGUAAUUGGGAGAGAGGACCGUGGGGAACCCACGUGCACUGGGGGGCUUGAACAGGGGAUUGUUUUCACUCCAGGUCCUCUGUAGAGCCCCUAAAACGUGUGCAUCCAGGAGAUAAGCCCGAUCUGACACACCCUUCCCCAGUACAGCUCACUACACCAUACUUCACAGUGAGGUCACACACACUGACCAGGGUCUCCAGCACUUCCGUGAACUACAGGCUGUGCUGUCAUAUAGAUCACUGAUCCAUUAAUAUAAUAUGGUGCUGCCAACCCGUCAGAGCCUCAUGUUAGCAUAUCUAGCUUGUCGUUUGGCAGAAUGCUUAAGUAAAAUGUACUUUAGUGUGGCAAUAGCUAAUUUAGUGUGGGAAAAAAAUUAAAUAGCACUUGUUCAGGGCUGGUUAAUAUGUUAAUAAUUUAUGUAUUUAAUGAGUAGAUGUUGUUCCUGAAAAUUGAUUCAAGCUUUCCGCCUAUGACACUACACUUUGUUUGUUUUUUAAUGACUAAAAUGCUUAUUUUUGUUAUUCAUUUUUCUUGUAAGCACAUGCUGGAGUUAAAUUACAUACGAUUUUGUGGUGAAAAAUGUUUUAAAAUUGACAUCAUACAUUUAGUUACCCGUAAAAAAUAUUUCACACGUGUGUUAUGAAAGCAAAAUAUGAAAUUUCAUAACUAAGUAUUGUAGGUGUGUCUGCCUCUAGUCAUUCAUUAUUGCUCAUCCUAUGCUUGUGACAUUGGACGAAACUGGUUGUGAUUGUGAAGUAUGUACUGUGUAUAUAUAAAGUAUAUUUGACCUUUUUCCUAAGUAACAGUUUAACACGCAAUCAUGGUGGUUCAUCUGUUGUCUAUUAUUAGGAGAAACAUACAAGAUUAGUAAUUCUUCGUGUGCCUUCGGCGAUUACCCGUCUUAUCAAAAGCGACCAGGUUUAUUUCAGACCUGUGGAGAAGUGCCUUUCCUGUUUUAUAACAUUUCAUUUUCAUACAAUAUUGCCCUUUUAGUUGUUUCUGUGAAUGUACUAUUUCAGUGAUCUGGUGUUGUUUGAUUAGUGCGUAUGCUGUAUAUAUUUCAAUAAACUAAUAUAAUAGG